GGAGAGAUUUUUUUGAGUGAACUCUAUCUCUUAUUCCCAGUAUUCGACCAUGAAAAUACACAGCAACAGUCCCACACAAUUGACAAUGCCUUGUAAACUACACUGUAAGCCAUAAUUAUCUCUUCUGCCUACACAUCAAGAAAAAAAAUGUUGACAUUAUUAUCUUCUUCAUCUCUCUGCAAUUCCCCUUCGCUUAUUAUCCAUUCCUCAAGAACAAUCAACCCAUGUCUACCCAGUUCAAUUCCACUCUCUUCCUCUGGUUAUUUCAAGAGAAACAGAAAUUCAGUUGCAAGUCGUAAGCUUGGAAUUGUUGCUGCUACUGAAGAAGAAAAAGACCCAUCAGUACCCACAUGGGCUAAACCCGAUUCAGAUGAGCCACCACCUUGGGCUAAAAAUGAAUCCCAGAAAGAUUCUUCAACCUUUCAAGUUCCUUUCAUUGUUUAUUUGCUUGCAUCUGCUGUCACUGCAAUUGCCGCGAUUGGUUCUGUUUUUGAGUACGUGAAUCAGAAACCUGUAUUUGGAGUUUUGGGCUCAGAUAGUGUGUUUUAUGCUCCUGUGCUUGGGUUCUUUGCUUUCACAGGCAUUCCCACUUCUGCAUACCUUUGGUUCAAAUCUGUUGAAGUUGCUAACAAGGAAGCAGAGGAGCAAGACCGCAGGGAUGGGUAUAUGUAACGUCUUAUGUGCGAUUUUUAGGUGAUAUGUGCAGCAGCUAAAAUGCAUUUUUCAGAUGUCUUUGGUGGUUGUUGCCAAAAACAUCAUUAUGUCAAAUGGACAUUUUCUUGAGUUGAUCUUUCUAGGCGACAUAAGUGUACAAAAUCCUGUCUUCUAAAUACUUGCCAUUCCGAAUUAUCAAUUUUGUAUUGACUACUUGUCUAAAAGUCUUGGAUCAUGUUACUAUUUCCA